AUGAAGGGCUUCUACCAACUCGUUCUCCUUGCUGCGGCCAUCCAGGUUAACGCUCACGGUGUUCUUACCGCUGUUACUGGUGUCAACGGGAUCACGGCUCAAGGCUUCGGCGUCGUCGCUACUACACCUCGUACUGGGUCGCGUCGCAACCCCUUCCAGCAGGACUCCAGCAUCAUCCGUGAUCGCGAGAUCCAACGAGGAACAACAGGUGCCUGCGGACGAACACUCGCGGGCGGAAACAACAAUGUUCAGACCAUGCUAGCCACUGCUGCAUCCGCCGGUCUGCCUAUGGCUGCCGCUGACGGCUCGGUCACUAUGACUCUUCAUCAAGUUAACGGCGACGGUGCUGGCCCAUAUACUUGCCAGGUGUCAGCGGACGCCUCGGGACAGAACUUUGUUGCGAUGACCGUGACAACUCAAGUCCCAGGCACAAACUCUCGCAGCAGGACCACUGCCACAGCGUUCCCCCUCGUUGCACAGAUGCCCGCUGGAAUGGCUUGCACUGGCGGUCCCAAUGGAGACGCAUGCCUUGUCCGCUGUCGUAAUGCAGCCCGAGCAGGGCCAUUCGGUGGCUGCGUUGCUGGUGAGUCGAAACUUUACGAGCCCUCACAUUGGCCACUUACCGGAUCUUUCAUAGUCACCACUGCGAAUAGCGGGAAUGCUGCAGCUGCCGCUGCCGCUAAUGCUACUGCCAACGCAGCAGCGGCAGCCAACGCCAACGCCAACGCCAACGCCAAUGCUGCUGCCGCCGCAAAUGCUAGUGCUGCAGCAGUUGCCACUCCUGUAGUCGCCGUAGAUGCAGCAGCUGCUGCGAACGCCGCCGCGAACGCCGCUGCAGGAGCUGCCACGGCCACCCCUGCCGUUGCCGCUAACGCAGGAGCCGCUGCCAAUGGCUCUGCGAUCGGCAUUGCUGUCAAUUCUCCUGCCGUCGCCGCAAACGCAGGCGCUGCCGCCAACGCCGCCGCAGGUGCCGCCGUCACUACUCCCACCGUUACAAACACACUCGCCGUUCCCGUCGCCGCUGCCCCCGUUGACAACACCGCCGCCACAACAGGAACUGUUGCCCCAGCCGUUGUUGUGCGUGCCAUUGGCGAAGAGGCCAUCCCAGACAUUUCUAUUGAGGAAGCUGAACUUGCACUUGCUGAAGACCUCGAGCGCCGCGAAGGCGAAGAGGUCGAGGAUAUCUCGAUCGAGGAUGCCGAGCUCGCCUUGGCUGAAGAUCUUGAACGUCGCGCUGAGCGGGUCAGCCGCUCGCGCAUUAUUGGACAUCGUACCAUUUGA